GAGGAAACUUCACCCACUGAGAACACUGUCUAUGAUGAAACCUGUACACUGUUAAGCUUAUUUUGCAAACUGCAAUGGAUAAAUGUGAUGAUGAAGACUGGCUUCUAUUAAAACCAAAGGAGCCCUUGCCCUCUCAGUGCUGUGCCAGUGGCUGUAAGCCCUGUGUGUUUGAUACAUAUGAGCGUGAACUGGAAAAAUGGAACAGAGCAAGAGAGAAGGGGGACAUUGACCUUCUCGAUGGAAAAAGGGAGACCCCGAUGAAGAGUGAUGACGCACUGAUCAAUCCAGACUGUUUCAGAGCUUUCCAGUUGGAGUCUGUGAACAAGAUGACAGAGGCUGCCUCCCUAUACAGAUUCAGAGUUCCAAAUGGUGGCAGCCUGAAGCUGAGUUUAGGACAGCAUCUUGUCUUGAGGGGCACCGUAGAUGGGCUGGAAGUGCAGCGGGCAUACACCCCAGUUAACAGAGUGAAUACAGAAGGAUACUUUGAGGUUUUGAUCAAGCUGUAUGAAGAUGGGUUAAUGUCACAGUAUAUUAAGACCUGGAAAGUGGGGGAUGUCAUUGAUUGGCGCUGGCCAUUUGGAGGAUUUCCAUAUAAGCCUAAUAAGUAUGGACAUCUUCUGAUGUUUGUCUCAGGGACUGGGAUAGCACCCAUGCUUUCCAUAAUACAAUAUAUCACAGACAAUGAAGAAGAUGAAACCCUUGUAACACUGACAGGCUGCUUCAGAACCUAUGAAGACAUCUACAUGAAAUCGCUUCUUGAAGAGCAGUCAUUGUACUGGAAUGUCAAAACGUUUUAUGUUCUGAGCAAGGAGGAAACGCUUGAAAACCUUCCAUGGAGUUACCGUGAGAAAACUCAUCUGGGUCGACUGAACCUUGAAGUGGUAAAGACUUUGGUGAGCUCUAAGAGGAACGCCCCCUUUGCGCUUAUAUGUGGCUCUGUCACAUUUAAUCAAGAUGUGCUCAACUAUCUGAAAAGUGCAGGAUUAGAUCAGGAUUCCUGUUUUAUAUUUUAAGUGCUAUAACCCUGUUUUAUGUUUUAAGUGCUGUGCCGAUUUCAAAUCUGAAACAUGAAUGGUGAUUUGCAGUUGAGUCAAGGCUGCUGAAUUAAACUGAGUGUGGAUGAAGUCGACCCAAGCUUGUCCAUAUCUAGUUCAAGGAUGUAUGAUUAAGACCCAGGGGACAACAGAUGGUGGUCAACAAAUCAGGAAAGGGGGAAUUAACCAUUUAAGCUGCAGCAAGUUCAAGAUAAUGAAGCAACUAUUUAUAUAUAUAUAUAUAUAUAUAUAUAUAUAUAUAUAUAUAUAUAUAUAUAUAUAUAUAUAUAUACACACACACGCACGCACACACAGUAUACAUAAAAAUCCGUAAAGAUGGUCAUGUCAUCCAGAGCCCAACUCUUUGUUCUCCAGUGUAUUGACAGUUACUGUGUACAGUUUUGCAUCACCUAGAAUUUUUUAAUUGAAACAAUAUGAACAUAAUUUUGAUCUUUUAUUUAACAUCAUGUAAUCAAGAAACUACAACAUGAUAUUCCAAAAAUGUGCCAGAAGCCAUAAAGUAGUACAGCAUUUCAUGUUCGAUUUCAAAGUGUCAAAUUUUUCAAUGUUUGUCAGUUUUUCAUUCAGCGAUAUGUACUUCAAUAUGGUAAUAUGUGAUUGAAUAUGGUAAUGUAACAUUAUUCAGCAGGUUUCAUUCGACUUUAUGAAGCCAAAAGUGUUAAUUCUGUAGGAUGAUGAAUACAUGUCAAGUCUAAAGGUUUACUUGUGAAACUCGCGGUUUUUCAAAAUUUCUUACGGCCAUGCAAUGGAUUCUCGGAUUUUUCACUAGUUUGUUAUUGUUUGUGAGGCUACUAAACCUUAUACAUGAUAAAGCGGUAAAUCCAGUACAACUGGACAAGUGUAUUAUUGCAUGGGGGGUAGGGGUCACCAUGAAGAGGUGUACAAUACCAUUCUAUAUUCCUUUAGCUCCUACGCAAACUCCUCCCUUACUCCAAAGAUAGAAUUGCCUUGUCUCAAACUGACAGUUUGUCUGUGUCUCAUUACUCGUACAGAGACGACGGAGAGGCUGUCAAGCUGUCAAUGCCUCGUUCACGCAGAAAUUACCAUGGAAAUAAAAGCUAAAUGGGCAUCAAUGAGAAUGUAAU